AUUUCUGUGAGAAAAACUUCGCGGGAAAAUUUAUCAUUUGGAGGUAUCAUAAGGAAAAGGCGAAACGAAACGAAGCUCUCGCAGUCAAUGACAAGUUCAACAUCGGAGAAUUCCUAACUGCACGAUUCACAAUGUCAAACCCAGGUAAAUGUGUUCUGGCUCCGGCAUACGAGAGCGAUAAUUCGUAUGGGUCAGCAGACGACCAAGUGUACAGUCCGGGAAAGUACGUCCGUGCCACUAAACCAAAUGAAAGCAGUGUCGGUUGCAUAUAUGAUUCACAAGAUGACCCUUACGCCGCUGUGGUUGAUCCGGAAAUGGAAAAUCGGGAAUCGCGAGAGAAAGUGUUGGAACUGGAGAAGUCUAUUGCUGAGCUUGCUGAUUCCAGUUUUCGCAACCGAGAAGUUAGUUGUAAUGUUGAAGAAACCAGCAAUCCUACAACACCAACAUCAGGAUCAAUUUCAACAUCUGCUGUGACAACAUCCGACAAAAGUUCGCAGGGCAUCAGAUGGGACAAUAUCAAACCAUUUCCAAAGGGUGUCCCUGCCAACAAAAUGUGGGAAGCUUGGACAAAAUAUUUCGAGAACUUCGAAAUUGCUGCUUCCUUGUCGAGUGUAUGCGAUCCGAUCAAACGAUCCCAGCUGCUUUAUAUAUCCAUGGGUGAUGAACAUCAAGGAAUUGUGCGUGCAGCUAAGUUGCGCCCUGUCUCCAACGUUUCAAGUUGCUAUGAAGUAUUUAUCAAGAACAUCGACGUAUAUUUAAAGUCAUUAACCGACACCUCAGCUGAACACGAUAUGUUUUCGUCCAUGCAGCAAAAGGAAGGAGAAUCAGCAGUCUAUUUCUAUGCCCGGUUAAUGGAAAAAGUGUGGCUGUGUGGUUACAGCGCAGCGGACCAAGAUCGUUUUGUCCGAACUCAAUUCCUUAAAGGGCUGAGGAAUCGGGAAUUGGCUAAAGCAGCGAGGACAUAUAACUACGAUACAACUUUUGUUGUUCAGUCAGCAACUCGGGAUGAAGCGCUGCAGCGGAGCCUCCAUCACUCGGAGAAUCAGCAUCAAUCAUGGCGGUGUCUCACGGUUUCUCUCGCGAUACUGGGCUGAAGCGUAAACACAGUAAUGUGAACAAUAGAAGCGUUGGAUCCAGGUGGAAUCAAAUUGGAGGAGGUACGAGGAUGGCUUUGCAGUGUCACCAGCGAUGCUCAAGAUGUAAUCGGGCAGCCCACGGUAACCAACAGUGUCCGGCGUUAGACAAGAAUUGCAACAGCUGUGGACGUCGUGGCCAUUUCUCUGCAACUUGCCGACAGAAACGAG